AUGCGUAUUAGAGCGGUACUUGUACUUACUUUUGCAUUAUUCUUUGCAAUAUCUGCACUUAUAUUUCAUUUUUUAGCAAUGUUUAGUAAACGAUGGGUAGUAGCUGUGCCACGUAAACCUCGAGGACCUAAUGAUCAAAUACAUUAUUAUGGAUUAUGGACAAGAUGUCAAUAUUCAAAUACUUCAUUUGUUAUUCCAGACAUAUCAUCUCAACCAAAUAUAGAAAAUUUUGUUUGUCGACCAAAUACUUAUCUACGUUAUGAUAGUUCUAAUCAAGAUAUAACUAAAAAAUGUUAUGAAAGUCGUCAUCAAUGUUCGUCAAUUAUUGGUGUUCAUUUAGAUUGUCGAUGCGAAUAUUUAUCAAUUACACAAAUACAACAAUGUUGUACUAUUCUAGCAGCUAUAUGUCUUUUAAUUGCUAUAUUUGUUUUUUAUCUUAAAAUAAUUGCGUCACCACAAAAUGCAAUUGCAGCACGCAUCUUGAUUUUUACACCUAUGAUACUUCUUAGUUUAGCAUUAGUAUUAAUGUUUACAACAAUAAUACUUUUAGGUGCUUAUUUGAGACGUAAUGAAUACGAAGAUUAUGAUAUCAAACUACCAAAAGAAAUUCUUCAUCGAUUACCUAUGCAACCAGAAUCAUUUAAUCUAUAUCGACUUAAGACUUUUUUGAGAACUCAAGAAGAUCCUAGUCUACGUCGUCAAGCAAUUUCAGUAUUUAAAUCAAUUCAUAAAGAACGUUUCUACGCUCGUAUUGACUGGUCUGCCGGUGCAGAAAUUAUUGCUAUCAUAUUAACAUUUAUUACACAUAUAUUAAGUGUUUUUCUAGCUCUAAAACAAGUUCAGUAA